AUGCGCAUUGAUUAUCUUUCUUCUCCUCUAUCACAUCUCCUUCGAUCUAGGACUUCAAGACAUUUCAUCCGCUCAGCUACUCGCACCGCUACUUGGAAUCGCAUUCCAAGAGACACGUCGACCAUGACGACCGUCAACAAAACCGCUCACCCAUUCGACAAGACGCGAUUUGACGCUCUUCUCAAUCGUCGCUUUUUCUACGCCCCCGCAUUCGAAAUCUAUGGCGGUGUGGCUGGACUCUACGAUUACGGCCCACCCGGUUCGUCGUUGCAAGCCAACAUCAUCGCCGAAUGGCGUCGCCAUUUCAUCGUCGAAGAGGCAAUGCUCGAACUCGACACCACGAUCAUGACGCCUUCACCCGUGUUCGAGGCUUCCGGUCAUGUAGCGCGAUUUGCCGAUUGGAUGGUAAAGGAUACGCUCAAUGGGGAAGUCUUACGUGCGGACCACCUCGUCAAGAACGUGCUGGAGGCACGCCUGGCUGGGGAUAAGGAGGCGAGAGGUGCUGUGCCAGUACCCGUGGCUACGGACAAGAAGAAAAAGAAACAGGUCAAAACGACGGCGGUGAAAUUGGAGGAUGCAGUCAUUGCGGAGUAUGAGUCGAUCCUUGCUCAGGUGCGUCUUGGACAAUUACUCCGGUCCCGAGCUUGGCCAGCUCAUGCGCACGCACUCGAUCACGAACCCAGGCUCGGGCACCCUGUAGGCGAGCCGCAACAGUUCAAUCUUAUGUUCGCAAGCUCCAUCGGGCCGACUGGUCAGCAUCCCGGAUAUCUGCGCCCCGAAACGGCGCAGGGACAUUUCCUGAACUUCUCGCGUCUUCUAGAAUUCAACAACGGACGGGUGCCAUUUGCAUCAGCUCAGAUUGGGCGCUCCUUCCGAAAUGAAAUUUCUCCUCGCGCCGGCUUGCUCCGUGUACGCGAGUUCACGAUGGCCGAAAUCGAGCAUUUCGUCGACCCUCUUGAGAAGACGCAUACCAGGUUCAGCGAGGUCGCGCACGUCGAGCUUGUUCUUUUGGACAAGUACACACAGGCUUCUGGGCAGACUACCACCCGGCGGAUGACUGUCGGGGAGGCAGUAAAGCAGGGUGUCAUUGCGAACGAAACCCUCGGCUACUUUGUCGCGCGUAUCUUCGCAUUCUUGCACAUGGCCAACGAGAUGGCGCACUACGCUGCGGACUGCUGGGACGCUGAGAUUCAGAACAGUGUCGGUGGGUGGACCGAGUGUGUUGGCUGUGCCGACAGGUCUGCCUACGAUCUCAGCGUUCAUUCUGCUAAGACUGGCCAACCUCUUGUUGUGCGGCAAGCAUUGAAAGAGCCCAUCGUCGAGGAGAAGGCUGUGGCAGAAUGGGACAAGAAGUCGCUCGGCAAGACCUUCAAAGGCGAUGCUGCGGCUGUUUCCGCCGCUGUCGAGAACAUGGAUGAGGCGGCGCUGAUGCGGCUGAAGGGCGAGCUAGCUCAAGGCCCGGCCAAAGUGCAAGCUGCUGACGGCCGCGAGUUUAUGGUGGAGCCAUCCAUGCUCACUAUCGAACGCAAAACCCUGAAGACCUCGAGUAAGUCUCCGGAGUUUACGCCCAAUGUUAUCGAGCCCUCGUUUGGGCUGGGUCGCAUUUUGUACUGUUUGCUCGAGCACAGCUUCUGGAGCAGAGAGCAGGAUGUGGAGCGUGGUGUUCUGUCCCUGCCAGCGGUCGUUGCACCUACAAAAGUCCUGAUUGUCCCCCUCAGCGCUCGAGCCGAGUUUGAUCCACUGGUUCAGGAAGUCUUUGACGAUUCAAACACGUCAAUUGGCAAGCGGUAUGCGCGAAAUGACGAAUUGGGCACACCAUUCGGUAUCACAUUGGACUUUGCCUCUGUCCAAAACAGGACGAUGACAUUACGCGAGCGUGAUACUACGGAUCAACGGAUCGGGUCGUUCGACGAUGUAAUUUCCACUGUCACAGACCUGGUCUUUGGCACGAUUGAUUGGUCGGAGGCAUGUCAGCGACUUCCCGCUUAUGAUGGCGUUCAGGCAGUGGAAUAAUAGACACAUGCAAAAUGAUGAAUCGAUAGCGUGUGUUUAACGUGUUUAACACAAAGAGACUUUUCACCCCAGACGGAGGAGAGCUUGAUUUAGCGCACUGGAUCUGUGUUCCUGGGCGAUGCAUUGAGCGGUCAAGCCCGCUGUUCUCAGACCUAGCAUUGCCGCGCUUUCUAUAGACGUGGCUUCGCUCGCCGGCAGGCCCCGAUCGCCCACGCUCCCAGCUUGUCACUGUCUCAUGCUUGGCCAAAUGCUCGAAGAAAGAGAACCGUCGAUGAUCCAUCACCAUCCCUUCACCCACAGAGCAACCAGUUGCGACAUGUAAACAAGCACAUGGGACAUCAACGGAUCUUGAAUCCAGCACUGCAAGGACUGCAUCCUGUAUCACCAGCCAGCUAGUCCACGACCUCCAGUCAGGGGAUUUCAAAGAUAUGCUUGGACAGCCUGCGCGUCACGGGAUGGCGGGGACCUGGGACAGAUGUUGACUCAUGUUGCUACAAUAUAGAAUGGGCAGGUGCUUGUUCUCGCCUUUCCUCCGCGUAUAGGCUGUAGCACACAUCCGACCCCGGGUGGAACUCGACCCUUCAAUGUAUCAACCCCACACGACCCUGCGUGCGUUUUGGCGGCAGGAGGAGUCAUACAACUGCGCCGGGUGAGAUGAGAUUCAUAGAAGUCAAGAAACAUCCGGAUUCCCAAGACCAUCGCAGCAGGGGUUUCGUCCGGCCUCGGUUCCAUUGCGUAAUUCGUCGAGAUCGAUCGGCAUCCUAGAAAAGUCGCAUCUGGCUUGCAUCUGGGACCUUAUCUUACUACGCGAAUUGCGC